UAUAAAAGGUACAUUUUGUUCCUAGCCUUUUGUUAAGAAAUGGUAUUGUUUACAAGUGACAGGAAGAAACCCGAGGCUGGCGGAGGUUAGAAUUACUUCGCUCUUUACACCUUUCCUCGCCACUCAGAUGCUUUGAUCCUGCACAGCUUUAGGCUGGACUCCUGAUCCUGGCUCAAAAAGAAAGAGAAGCAUCAUGAAAGCUACACUGCGGCGAUGCUCAGACCCUUUACAUUGCCAACACCUGUGGGAUGCCAUCAUCACCAUCCGCAACCACAAACAACUGCCCUCAUUUGACAGGAUCCGACGAUACAUGAGUAGAAUGCACAACAUGGAGUCAGAUGAAGUGGAAAAACACCUGGAGGAGUGUGCAAGUGACAACUUGAUAGCAGUAACACGCAAGGUGGGACAGAAGGGCUCCAAGGUUGGCAUUGAACAAGAGGGCUUCAGGCUGCCCACUCCACCAGAGGAACCAGACCGCCAUGACUGGUACUGCUUUGAGUGUCACAAAGGUGGAGAGGUAGUGUGCUGCUCCAAGUGCUACCGUGUGUACCACAAGAUGUGCAUCAAUGUGGAAGACCAGCCUUAUGAUAAUGAGCCUUUUGUUUGUGUGGUGUGCAAGAAACGCUUAUACCAGAGGAGUGUCAAAAGUCGUAUUAACAGAGAGGAUCUCAAUAUGCUUUUAGCUUUCACUGUUGAAAGACUAAAAGAAAGGUGCAAACUCUUUGCACAGCUCCCGGUAAAUAUAUUAGAACGAGUCAUCCCAGCCCCUUCUCAAAAGCCCGGAGUGUUCUUGAGUGACCGAGCUGCCACCAGCCACCAGUCAUUGAUACGGGCAGACCAGAUGAGCCGUGUUUCAGCCUCUGAGCCAUGGCGAUCACAGCUGCUCUUGCAUCACCAAAUGGAUCUCAACACUAUGGAACAAAAGGCAUCCGAUUGCAGAUACAAGACACUUUAUGACUUUGAGAUUGAUGCCUUAACCAUUGUACAUAAUGUCGUUUUAUAUCAAGGAGUUCAUAGCACCAUAGCAGACAUGGCAAGACAGAUGCUGCGGGAUUGUCAGUAUGACUUGAUGGAGCUGGAGCAGUGCAAGGAUUGCUACAGAAUGUCAAAUGAAAAAUCAGACAAGUAUUGGUUCUGUAAGCCUUGUCGACCACCUCAUCAGUUAGUGUAUGCCAAGCAGAAGGGAUUUCCAUAUUGGCCAGCAAAGGUAAUAAAGGUAGAAAAUGACCUGUAUGAUGUAAGGUUUUUUGGGAGUCAACACCAGAGAGCAGUCAUAGAAAAAUCUCACAUUCGUCCAAUUUCUGUCAACAUACACACUCUCCAGGUAAAACGUACUUCUGCUUGGAAUAAAGCUUGUGAAGAGCUGAAAAAGCACCAGGAAUUGCUGACAGCUGCAUCAAGUAAUGAAACAGAGCAGCGUAACCCUCUCCGGCCAGACUCAGAGCUCAGGCACCGAGGAGACUUAAUGUCACCUGAUCAAGAAUCUCGACACAGUCACAGAUCUCAAACACACCUCCUUCAGGCAUCACCAAAGAAGGAAGGAAGAGAAGAUGAGGAUAGAAGCAGCAGUGAUGAGGAAAUGCAUGAUGCUGAUGACAAUGAUGAUGAUGAAGACAAUGAAGGUGAUGAUGAUGAACCUGGUGAAGAUGAAGAUGACAAUGAAGAUGAUGAGGAUGAUGAUGAUGAAGAAGAAGAGGAAGAAGAAGAGGAAGAACCAGAAGAAGAGCAAGCAUCAUCCAUCUCAUCCACAUCUAAGGCCAAAACACCAAAAGUCAGAAAGAAGGAACCCCCAGCCCCUGAAGAUGUGGUGUCUUCCUCCAGUCAAGAGCUGCCCACCCGCUCUGUUGGCAUCCAGACAUCAAACAGACUUAUGAAGAUGGCUGUAGCAGAGUAUGGUGAGAGGUCAAAUAAAAGAACUAAAGACACUGAAAAAGCAAUGCGAGACUUGGCUGAAAAGUUGCGCCGAGAGUAUGAAGCUGAGAAGCAGAAAGUCAUUCAGUCUACCAUGAAGCAGAUGGAAAAAGAAGUAGAUCGUGUGAAGGAAGAAUAUCGAUCAAAAAUAUCAGAAAUUGAAGAAAAACACAAACAUGUUGUAUCAGACACAAAGAAAAAGCAAUGGUGCUGGACCUGUGAGGCGGAGGCCAUCUACCACUGCUGCUGGAACACUGCCUAUUGCUCCAUUGAAUGCCAACAAGUCCACUGGCACAAAGAACACAAAAAGCUUUGUCGUAGAAAAAGGUAACUUAAUCUUACCAGAUUAGAGGGAAGCUGAACAUUUUAUAAAAAAAACUUUCAAGUCUAAUUUUUAAUUUUUUUAAGAGGAGCGACUAAAGUGUUGGAUUAUUUUGCAACAUAUGGUCUGAAAAUAUGUGUUGAAUGUUGUGGUAGAAAUGUCUUUUCAUGACUUUUUAAGUUAUUUUGACUAGAAAGGAAGUGAUUUAUUAUUUUCUUUUUACAACAUUUAUCCUUUAGUAAAAUGAUCCUACAAUUUUUUCUUAUACUUUUUUUUUCAAUGUGUAAUACAAUCUGAUAUUAAAUGAUAGCUGAGGGCAGUCUAAAUGAGCUGAUGAAAGGAUCUGAUCAUUCAGCAUGAACCCAAAGCUGUUGUUUUGUGAGCAGUAUAUGUGGUGAUAGGUAUGCAUAUUAUAUUUUGUAUAGUGUUGUGUUUUAUCAUUAAAUGGUCCUAUAUAAUAAUAGACUGUUGAAUGUACAACACAGUGUGACCCCCAGACUUCUAGGCAGACUAACAAGUACAACUGUGAGGAUGGUACAAGCUUAUCUUAGUUUGUAGUGGUGUGUGUCAGCAUAAGCUGCAAUUUGCAUGGUCAAUGUCCCCAGACAUUAAAUGGAUCAUUAAGGAGAGAGAUUAGAUAGUAAGGUUUUCAAGUAUUUUCUACUGUUACUUUGUGCUAAAGGAAAUGAUCAUGAGUGAAAAAGUUACAAUUGGGAUCUCAAAAACAGUUUGAGCAAGUUACCCAAUAUCAUUAAAAUUUAGACUGAGUGGUGUAUUCCUGAAAGUUGGUAAUGCUUAUUUCUCUUUCUCUUAUUGAAGCUAUAUUGAUUCUUUACAAAGUUUUUCCUAUCCAUUUAUUGUUGUUAACUGCUUAUUCUUCACUAUUCUGAGAGAUAUUUUCAUUUCUUUGUGAUUGUGUUAUACUUUUAUAUUAAGAUUUUCUCUAUCUGGAAAAUAGAGCAGUUUUCAUUUAUUAAAAAGAACAUCAUAGUGUGUUUGUAAUCUGGGGUAACUACACUCAGUGUAACUGUUGAAAUGUUGUUUGAUUCUUGUAAUUAAUCUAUUUUAUUGGCUAUAAAUAGGUAUAUUUAUUUCUUAAAAUGUUUAUGGAAUACUUUAGAAUUCUUCUGUAAAUGUUGUACAGUGGUAAACCCUCGACUUAGGGGGAAUGUGUAAUAUACUGACUUGAGAUCAUAUUAUCUUCAUAUUAAGAAGUUUUCAAAGCAGUUGGUCAAUUCAAAACUAUUUUGAAGUGGAGCCAAGACUCCCACUGCUUGUAGUUGGCAUUAUUGGCUUGUCACGUAGGUCAUGUGCAGUCCUGGGAGGUAGACUCACUAAUAAGGGGCACUCCAGUGCACACUAUCUACUGUCAUGCUAGAGGAUGUAUUUCAUUCCUUGUGUCCCAAAUGAACUGCCUUUUGUUUUGCUUCUAAUGAGUGGAUACCUUUUUUUUUGCUAACUUAAUCUACCAAAUAAC